GAAGAAAGAUGGGUUGGAGUUUCGCGGCGAUGGCGGCUCUGCUCCUCUAUGGGACGGAUUGAAACUGGUCUCGGAUAUGACUAAUAUUUAUUUCCUAAAGUGUAAUUUAUUACAAACCCGUUGCACGGAUCUUCCACUGGAUCACUGGCGUUUCCCUUCUCGUUGCUUUCUUCCUGAAUUCAAUGUCUUCAUUCUAACUGACAUUUUCAGGAAGAGAUUAUCAGGCAUCAUCUGUUGAUUGUUCUCUUUGAACCGAGAUUUGGCAUCCGUUGAGGAAGGCCUGUGUUCCCUGUCCAGUGACCCACACUCCUUCACAGGGGCCAUGGAGGAGGAGGGGCAGCAGAGCAUGGAAUGCAUCCAGGCCGUUCAGAACUUUCCCAGGAAGCCCCCUGUCCUGGAGGAGGAGAACCUGCAGGUGCCCUUUCCGGAGCUGCACGGGGAGUUCACCCAGUAUGUUGGGAGAGCAGAGGAUGCCAUCAUUGCCAUGUCCAGCUACCGCCUCCACAUCAAAUUCAAAGAGUCCAUCGUCAAUAGUGACAGUUGUGAGGUGUCAGUCCCUCUGCAGCUCAUCGAGACCGUGGAGUGUCGCGACAUGUUCCAGCUCCACGUCACCUGCAAGGACUGCAAAGUCGUCAGGUGUCAGUUCUCCACCUUCGAGCAGUGUCAGGAGUGGCUGAAACGGCUCAACGCCGCGGCCCGCCCCCCGGCCCGCCUGGAGGACCUCUUCUCCUUUGCGUACCACGCCUGGUGUCUGAACUCAUUUACCGGGGAGCUGUGCAGGCCAGGUACACUGACGGCAGACGACUCGCGUGGUGACUCGGGCCCUCGUCCGGCCUCCUCUCAUGUCUCUGGGUCCCUGUCUGCCCCGUUAGGAGAGCACGUGACCUCCUGGUUCAAAAACGAGGUGGAGAGGAUGGGCUUUGACACCCACAACGCCUGGCGGAUCACCGACAUCAACAACAAGUUCAGGCUGUGCUCCAGCUAUCCGCAGCAGCUCCUGGUGCCAGCUUGGAUCACGGACAAGGAGCUGGAGAACGUGGCGGCCUUCCGCUCCUGGAAGAGAUUCCCAGCUGUGGUGUUCAGGCACCAGAGCACAGGGGCUGUGAUCGCCCGCUGCGGCCAGCCUGAGGUCAGCUGGUGGGGCUGGAGGAAUGCCGACGACGAGCACCUUGUCCAGUCCAUCGCCAAGGCCUGUGCUGUGGACGGAAGCUCGCGGAAACACCUGGCCAAUGGGUCCUACACCAAUGGAACCAAUGGGAUCCACGGCGCCAACGAGCUCGCAGACACUGACUUUGAAUCCUCCUUGACGAACGGCUCUGAAGUGGAGACCCUGGCCAUCCAGCCGCAGAAGCUGCUGAUCCUGGAUGCCAGGUCCUACGCUGCAGCCGUGGCCAACCGGGCCAAGGGAGGGGGCUGUGAAUGCCCAGAGUACUACCCCAACUGUGAGGUGGUGUUCAUGGGCAUGGCUAACAUCCACUCCAUCCGCAAGAGUUUCCAGUCCCUGCGCUUCCUCUGCACCCAGAUGCCGGACCCGGCCAACUGGCUGUCUGCUCUGGAGAGCACCAAGUGGCUGCAGCAUCUGUCUCUGCUGCUUAAGGCUGCCCUGCUGGUGGUGAACGCGGUGGACCGCGACCACCGCCCCGUCCUGGUGCACUGCUCUGACGGAUGGGAUCGCACGCCCCAGAUUGCCGCCCUGUCCAAGCUCCUGCUGGACCCCUACUACCGCACCAUUGAGGGCUUCCAGGUUCUGGUAGAGACUGAGUGGCUAGAUUUUGGCCAUAAGUUCGCUGACCGCUGUGGGCACGGGGAGAACUCGGAGGACCUGAACGAGCGCUGUCCGGUCUUCCUCCAGUGGUUGGAUUGCGUGCACCAGCUGCAGAGGCAGUUCCCGUGCUCCUUUGAGUUCAACGAGGCUUUCCUGGUGAAAAUGGUGCAACACUCCUACUCCUGCCUGUUUGGCACCUUCCUAUGCAACAGUGGAAAGGAGAGGGAGGAGCGGAACAUUCGGGAGAAGACCUGCUCCGUGUGGUCUCUGCUGCGGCCAGCCAAUCGCACUUUGACCAACAUGCUCUACUCGUCCCGCUCGGAGACCGUGCUCCACCCGGUGUGUCACGUACGCAACCUGAUGCUGUGGACGGCUGUCUACCUGCCCAGCUCCUCCCCAACCACGCCCUCCGACGAGUCGUGUGCCCCCUAUCCUGUGCCGGGUGCCAACCCCGAGGAGGCGCCUCUGGGCAGACGUCCAAAGACCAGGUCCUUUGAUAACUUGCCAAGUGCAUGUGAGCUGGGGAGCUCGCUGGCCCCUAACCGACGCUCCAGUGACCCCAGCCUGAAUGAGAAGUGGCAGGACCACCGGCGCUCUCUGGAGCUCAACAUGACUGUGGGGCCCGACGGAGGGGGAGCUCAGGACCACGACGGGCGGACCAACGGCCAGCCUGGAGCUACCGGGCCUCAGGCAGCUGCGUCCCAAGUCGAGCUGGGGGACCACCUCCAAGGUUCCUGGGCCCAGGCGGAGGGCACUUCUGAAGACCAGCGGACCGACCUGGGUGACGGAGGCUCAGAGGGGUCGCUAGCGGCAGGAGAAGAGAUCGAGCGCUCCGUUGAGCUGUCUGUGGCUGUAGCCGAGGGACAGAUGGAGAACAUUCUUCAGGAGGCGACGAAGGAGGAAGCUGGUGCCGACGUUCAAAGGGAGGCUGCCAUCACGCCGCAGAUGGAGGCUAAUGGAACAGACAUGGACAAAGAGGUCGGUGCCGUUGAGACUGAGAACGCUGAACAGGCCAUUGUCAAUGAGGCUGAGACCCGGACAGAGGCUACUCUCACCAAUGGACACUACCCAGAGAAAGGCACCGAAGAGCCUGAAGAGGAUUCUAGUGUCUCCCCAGCCAGUCCCUCCCUGCCUAACGAUGUGUCCAAAGACCUUCCUGAGCACCCGGAGGCUGUGGCGAUGCCAGAACAGAAGCGAACAGAACAGGUUCCAGUGAACUGGAGUGAGUGCCAGAAGUCUAACCCCGGCCCGUCCCCCCGGGCCCCUCCGACUCUGACCAAUGGUUUUGGGGAGAGGGCUCCGGAGAGGCCAGAGGCGGCAGAGUCCCUGGUGCAAGCUGACAAGAGGGCCUCGCUCAUGGAGAGCUCCACUGAGACUCUGACCGAAGAGGUCUGCCCCGGCCCCCAGCCCAGCGCCGAAGCCAGGAACCAACCCCUCUGCCCCAGGAGAGUGAACGGGGAGGCGGAGCUAGAACAAGGGUCGUCCAGGACUAUGAACGGAGGACACAAGCGCUCCACCGUCGGUGCCUUCCGGUCUCUGAGCGCCGAACCCAGCAGGGAGGCUCUGUGUAACGGCGAGGGCUCUGAGCCGGAGCCCUGCGGGGCCCCCCACUGGGCCAGGGUGAACGGGGAGCGGGCCCCGCUGAGCCGCCAGGUGUCCCUGGCCUCCUGCGGCUCGUUGACCUUCCACUGCCGGGCCGGCUGCUCCCACCACCGCUGCCUCCACGCCCCGCCGGGCCCUCUGGCCGCCACGCCCAGUCCAGAGCAGCCCGCCCGGAGCCACCUGGACGACGACGGGCUGGCGCUCCACACGGACGCCGUCCAGCAGCGGCUGAGGCAGAUCGAGGCGGGCCACCAGAUGGAGGUUGAGACGCUGAAGAGGCAGGUGCAGGAGCUGUGGAGUCGCCUGGAGAGCCAUCACCACGCCGCCUCCCUGCGGAUUAACGGGGACAUGGGAGAUGAGGUGACCUCGAUGACAGACUCGGAUUACAACCUGGACGCCAACUGCCUGUCUCGCUGCAGCACUGAGCUCUUCUCAGAAGCGAGCUGGGAGCAGGUAGACAAGAACGACACAGAGGUGACCCGCUGGUAUCCAGACCACUUGGCAGCCCAGUGCUAUGGGUGUGAGAGUAGGUUCUGGCUUGCCACCAGGAAGCAUCACUGCAGACUGACCCUGUCUCGGUCUCCCGCUGUAGGAACUGUGGGAAUGUGUUCUGUGCCAGCUGCUGCGACCAGAAGAUCCCGGUGCCGAGUCAGCAGCUGUUUGAGCCCACCCGCGUGUGUCGGACCUGCUACGGCACCCUGCACAGCACCACCACCCCCGGUGGUUCCGUGGACCUGGAGGAACCCGUCGCAGCCAGCUCCGACUAGGGCCGGGGGGGGGGGUGGGCCGGGGGCCGGCCCGCCAGGCUCUGACAGUCAUGCACCCUGCUGACGAGCACAGGAGCUGCAGAAUGUCCCCUGUACCUGUAUGUGUGUGUGUUGAAUAAUAUGGACUUUCAUGUAUAUAUAGGCCUACAAUGCCAGGCGGAGUAGUGGUGAAUAAGAUAAGCACUUUGAAGGGUGGUAGGGAGUGAGUGAAUGAGCGUGCAAAUGCGUGGACUGACCGACUGAUGGACAGAGCGUCUGGAUGGAUGGACUGACCAACUGAUGGACAGAGCAAAUGGGUGGACUGACCGACUGAUGGACAGAGCAAAUGGAUGGACUGACCGACUGAUGGACAGAGCGUCUGGAUGGAUGGACUGACCGACUGAUGGACAGAGCGUCUGGAUGGAUGGACUGACCGACUGAUGGACAGAGCGUCUGGAUGGAUGGACUGACCGACUGAUGGACAGAGCGGAGGGAGGGAGUGUGACGACACGCACCUGACUGACACACAAGUGUCUGCAGACGUGACGUCGGAGUGGAAUUUAGAACGAGGAAGGCCUGGCUGGUCCGGUUGGCCAGGGCCGCACAGGUGGGCCAUUCCCAAAUAAUGCUGCAAAGUCUUCAGGAGGAGUUGUGUUCAUCUGAUUUUCCAGGCCCCACAUACAUUCCUACUCUGACAAGAGUAGGACCAUUACCCAUCCCCAUGUGACCUUUUGUACUGGACAGUGUGGAGGGAUUUGGACUUUUCAAAAAAUGGAUCCAGUGCUUCAGAACCUGCUUCCUGUGUCCAGAAUAAAGAUGGAUUGCGACGGCAAAACUUCCUGUUGACUUCUGGGGGACACCUGUGUGAACUUGGCACUGCCCUAAGCAGAAAGAGGAUUUGGGAGUUGACUGAUGCCAUUGAAGCUAACACAUGUUAGAUCUCAAAUUAUGACUCCUCUCCUCCAGGGCUCCGUUUAGCCCUCUCUUGGUGUGAGUAGGUACCACACAUUGAGUUUAGCUAAUGUUAACCGCUGGUAUUAGAUUAGUCCCUGACUGUGUGUGUCAGAACUGAAUCAAACCAUGUUGACAUUGUCAUUUAACCUGGUAAGUGGACAUACAGUUGAUUACUCUGACAUCAUGCCCUUCACUUCAAACAAGGACCCCGCCCCCACCUGCCCUGUCCAAAUUUACCCAGCAGGCACUGGUAGAUCGGAUGAGCCGAGGUUGACUUGACAUCACGUUGUUCAAUCCAUCCCAGUCAGUUUAAUAGGUUUUGAUGGAAUUGUGCUUCAGUCAUGUUUCUACAUUAGUUUCCCACCAUCAUGGCAGGAACUCGUUUAACACUGUUCUUGUCUGUAGGAUGGUUGAGUCAAUGUACGAACACUGACUGCUUAGUUGGUUACAUACACUCUGGCUGUUUGCUGAACACUGAUGUUAAGGCUGUUCAUUAAGAAAGCCAUACAAGCAUCAUAAUGUUUCCCAAUGUAUGUUUAUAAGCACCAUUGCAUCAUGUACUGAAUAAACCAAGUUAGUGCUGGAUAGUACAAGGGGAUGACAUCUAAUACAGCUUCUCUGGAACAUGAAGAGGCACUAGAGGGCAGAUCUUCUGCUUAAAUUAGUCCUCUACAGUUGACAUGAGAUUAGUGAAUUUCAUCACCACGGAGACACCUUAACACCGCUCAAUGACCAGGCUCUGACCACCUGGCAGAUACAGUUUUGUAAAAUAAAUAAAUAAGAAAUAAUAUAUUCAGAUAAGUAUAUAACAUUUAAGAAACUGUAUAGAAUUCUUGAAUAGUGACUCACUAAAUUAGUCACCCAAAAUGUUCUUAUUUUCCCUUUUGUAUCUUUUUUGUUGAUUGCAGAAAAAAAAAAUACACUAGCAGCCUGUUGGAAACAGGAGUAAAAAAAACAGAUUGUGUUCCUGUUCUGAUGCUGUGGUGGUUUUCCCUUUUGAAUGCUAUCAGUACCUUUUUGUUAUUUAUUGGUGUUUUAUUUCACAAUUGUCUCGUAUACAAUUCAAUUGCCACAGGAUAAUCAGCAUGGAUCUGAAGGGCUGUGAGAAGAGAUCACCCUCCUCCCAAAAACAAGCCAAACUAAUAUUAACCCCCCCCCACCCCCCACAUAAGUUCCCGCAUACAUCACUUGUAGGCCUGCACACACUACCUCUACCACACACACACACACACA